CAGCUGAAUUUCACGUUACCGUCGUCAAGGAUAGCAACUGUUGCACUCAAGCUUGGAUAAAUGCAAUGUUUUUCGCAGGGACUGGAUCUAUUGCAUGGUUAGGAAGCAUUCGCUGAUAGCCGAAGAGUGGUUUUGCUGUGACGUCUGGAAUACCCAAUUCAUUGCUCAUCAUAUUAAUGUGAUUCGCUGUGGGUAUUUUUGUUUUUUAGUUUAUGGAAGUGUUGAUUGGGCUUAGAGAGUUAAGGUGCAAGGAGGAUUGUUGUUGGUUUUGGGGGUGUGCUCAUACUCACCUGGAGCGCACGUACUUAGGAUCUGCGAAUGGUUGUUUUUAGCGAGUUCUUGGGCGGGAUUGUGGAGUUUUUUUGUGCCGGAAAAAACGAUCAAAGUGGAGAAGGUCUUUUUCAUUUGGGAUCGUUCUGGAGGUGUGUCCGGUUAUUCUAAGUGUUGGAGAAGUUGGACUUGGUUAGGAGUUUGAUCAAUCGGAUGUUCUACCGGAAUAAGUUAGAAUUCUGUUGAGUGCUUGCCCUCUGUUUCUUACAGCUUUUUUAGAAAGUCUUUCGGAAAACCAAACGUGUGUUGGUUUCGCUACUUGAAAGUUGACAGAAGGGAAGCUUUUCGUGUGCACAUUGAUGAUCCAGAUUGCAGGCAUGUCCCGCAGCCUGAAGGCUUUGCAUGUGAAGGUUUUGUGUGAACUCCAUGAGCUCAGCCUGUUCCACGAAUGCUCUUGAGGGGCUAUCUGGAAAUGCAGGAGGGAGCCUAUAUGCAGAUACUGGUGGCUUCACCUCAGGGAUGACCCUCUUCAAUUAGGGUGGUGGCUCAUUCAACCACCUUACGGUUCUGGAAAAUAACCAGAAUCUAAUAGAAGUUGAUAGCGGCUGAAGGGACUAAAACUAUCUGCAAUGAAUGUCCAGAAGAGCUCCACAGAGCCAGGCAUGGGGGUCAAUCCUUUGGCUGCAGACACUGAAGCAGUUGGCCCACAGGUGGCUGUUCUGUUUGUUGGGGUCUCUUUGUUCGUGGGAAUGGCGUCCCGGCAUCUCCUCAAGAACACUAGCAUCCCCUACACUGUGGCGUUGCUUAUCCUUGGAAUUGGCCUCGGAAGCUUAGAAUAUGGGACCACGAACGGUUUGGGAGUACUUGGUGACAGCAUUCGCAUGUGGGCGAGCAUUGAUCCAAACCUUAUUUUGUUCGUGUUUUUGCCAGCUCUUCUUUUUGAAAGCUCCUUUGCCAUGGAUUUUCAUCAGAUAAAGAGAGGUUUUAUGCAAAUGUUGCUUCUUGCCGCUCCAGGAGUCGUAAUAUCAACCAUCUUUCUCGGUGUCGUAUUGGUUAAAAUUUUGCCAUAUCAUUGGAACUGGAGCACAGGGUUUUUGCUAGGAGGCUUGCUCAGUGCCACAGAUCCAGUGGCAGUGGUGGCACUGCUGAAAGAACUAGGUGCCAGCAAGAAGUUGAGCACUCUCAUUGAAGGCGAAUCUCUGAUGAAUGAUGGGACUGUAAUCGUGGUAUUCCAUCUGUUUUUACAAAUAGUACUGGGACAGAAGUUUAGUUCUGGUGAUGUCAUAUCAUUUCUCUGCAGGGUUGGAUUGGGAGCGGUGGGCUUGGGACUCCUUUUCGGGAUCGUUUGUGUGUGUUGGGUGGGACUGGUUUUCAACGAUACCAUCAUUGAGAUUACUCUCACAUUCACAGCGAGCUACUUGGCAUUCUUUAUGGCUGAAGAAAAGGCUCAUGUCUCUGGGGUAUUGACUGUCAUGACUGUAGGCAUAUUCUUUGCAGCAUUUGCAAGGACAGCCUUCACAGGGGAGAGUGAACGAAGUAUGUUUCAUUUUUGGGAACUGAUUUCCUACAUCGCGAAUACACUCAUAUUCGUACUCAGUGGGGCGGUAAUUGCAGAGAGCAUCUUGAGAAGCCACGACAAAAUUGAAGGGCGGGAUUGGAGUAACCUGCUGCUGCUCUACAUCUUUGUCCAGUUUUCUCGAGUUGUUGUAGUGGGAUUGCUUUACCCUGGCUUGAAGUUCUUUGGUUAUGGAAUGAGCUGGAAGGAAGCCACAAUCCUUAUUUGGGCUGGUUUGCGUGGCGCUGUUGCUUUGUCACUUUCCUUAUCAGUUGCUCGAGUUGGACAGCACGAUGCCCACACUCACUUCACCAAAGUGACGGAGGCCCGGUUCGUGUUCCUAACAGGUGGCGUGGUGUUCCUUACACUCGUCAUUAACGGAUCUACCACACAAUUCCUAUUUCGCUUCCUCAACAUGAAUAAUACAACUGAAACUAAGACACGGAUAUUGGAGUUCGUCAAAUAUGAGAUGUAUAGUAAUGCGUUAGAGGCAUUUGGAGAGAUGGGAGAAGAUGAGGAGUUGGGGCCGGCUGACUGGAUCACUAUUCGCAAAUAUUUGAGCUGUUUGUCAAGCCUUCCGGAGGAUGGCGAACCUGCUCACCCCCACGGCCCUCCAGGUUCUGAAGGUUCAGGGAUUGAAUAUGUUGAGCAGCAAAUGCAGGACACGCGGAUACGCUUUCUGAAUGGCGUACAAGCGGCAUACUGGAGCAUGCUGGAAGAAGGACGAAUCACUCAAACAGCGGCUCGCAUUCUCAUACAAUCUAUUCAUGAGGCGUUAGAUCAGGUAGAGAAUUACAGUGGGUUGCAGGAUUGGGAAGGACUGCGGUCGCACGUGCGAUUUUCCUGGUAUUUAGAGUAUUUAUCACUUCUCCCUCGAAGAGCAUCCACUUUCUUUUUGAUAGCACAACUGGAGUUCGCAUGCUACAUAGCUGCUGCAUUUUUACGGGCGCAUCGGAUGACUCGCAACUACCUCCGGGACUUCAUCGGUGAAAGUUUCGUUGCAGAAGCUGUCAUUCAUGAGAGCGAGGCUCAAGGACAGGAGGCUCGUCAAUUUCUUGAUGAUAUCCGCCUUGCAUUUCCUCAGGUGUUGCGGGCUGUGAAGACAAAGCAAGUAACUCAUGCUGUAUUGGUACAUUUAACUGAGUAUGUGAGAAGUCUAGGAAAUGCCGGACUUCUCGAAAGCAAGGAGAGGCUUCAACUACAUGAUGCCGUCCAGAUCGACUUGAAGAAGCUGUUGCGAAAUCCACCUAUUGUUGAAAUGCCAACAGUAUGGGAGACACUGCAUAACCAGCCUUUCAUAGGAGCACUGCCAGUCUCUGUCCAAAGGCCACUUCUCGACGUGGCAAAAGAGUUUAUGAUGGUGCAGAGUACCAUAAUCUACGAGGAGGACAAGAAACCUGAUGGAAUCUGGUUGAUUGCAAAUGGCGUAGUUCAGUGUAACAGUAAGGCAACCAAUGGACAGCAAUUACACCAACCUACAUUCUCUCUUGGAAGCACGCUUGGCUUAUUUGAGGCCUUGACUGGCAGGCCUUAUUUGUGUGACAUUGUCACACGUUCGGUGGUUCAUUGCUUCUUUAUCGAGCGCUCCAAAAUCUUGUCAGUGCAAAAGGAGCACCCAGAACUUGAGGAUUUUCUUUGGCAGGAGAGUGCUUUGGCUAUUGCCAAGGUAGUGUUGGCUAAGGAAUUCGAGAAGGCGACAUUACAAGAUAUACGUGCGCUGAUGAUGGAAGGCUCCUCAAUGCGGAUCUUUCUUCGGGGCGAGGUUUUUGAGCUUCAGCCCAAAAAAAUUGGGGUGUUGCUGGACGGCUUUGUCAGACCAGAGAGUAGCUUCGCAAUUAUUACCGCUCCUGCAGGGCUUAUGCGCAAGGUGCCGCUUCCUAGCUCCGGUGAUUUUACUCGCAAUAGUUUAAAGGAAGGCACGGUCUUCCACGCUGAAGCAAGGUCCCGGAUCCUGUUCUUUGACAUGGAUUUGUGGCAAGGAUCAGGACAGUUCCUGGCCGUUCCUCACAAGGAUUGCCAUUCCUCGCUGCGACGCUCCCUGAUUGAGCAUGACACACCGCGAGUUAAUGGUCACCAAUCCGCCGCUGAUAUAUACUCCGCUAAGGCCUUAGAAAUUAGUGUCUUUGGCUCCCAGAUCGAAGGGAAUAGCGAGAGCUGGAGGGAAGAAGAGAGGCCUGGAAAUGUGCUGUCCCGAACCCACCAAUCCUGCUCCAACCUCGUCAAACGCAUGUCAAUGGUCAUGCAAGGCAGACCCAGCAACGACAAAUGGUGGACAUCGCGGCAUAAGGUUGCCAGCCAAGGGAAGAUGGACCUUGUCCAGCCCUUCUUGCACAAGAAGGAAACUGAUCCUGGCUACUCGAGCGAUGAAUCUGAUGGGGAGCACAUUGUCAAAAUUGGUUCUCUGAGUGCCCUGUUCUAUCCUUCCCAUCCUCACUCGUAACCGAAUUGUUUUCAGGUAUUAGUUACAACUUUCCCUUGCAAUCGUGGCGACCAGUCCACCUCAUUACUGCCUAGCAACGAAGUCUAUCGUAGCCUGCAACUGUAGACUGCCGACACCAGAUAGUGGCUCCAGGCUUGCAAACGGAUUUUUUUUCUGAAAUUGAGCCUGUAAUCGUUGAUACCUUUUUAUUCGUUGGCAGCUGGUCUAGUUCUUUUUAAUUGCCAGAAAACUUUGCAAGGCUUACCUUGAUAUCCUUGAAUUUGUGGAUCACUCACUCGGCACAACCCAGUUGGUGAUCCUCGUUCUCAUUUCUUUGUUAGACUUGGGAAGCUGCAUUAUACACUGAACCAGCAAACUGAACAUGUCUAAGCAGGAUGUUAUUUGUUGAUCCAAUUAAUGAAGGUGUACGUAGUUGCAGCAGUGGAGUUGUUGUCAGUAUAUGGGAGUUGUUACUGUCGAUAUCGUAGGACACUUUUUGUAGAGCUUGUAACUAGAAUGACGUAAGAUCUUGUAGCGUUUUGAUUCGUUUAAUUGGCGAUUAAAUAUUGACUUCAGAUUCCAUGCAAAAUGCGCAGCAAAUUUCGGAAUUGGGUUUAUUAUUAUUAUUUAUCCUUUAUACUUUCUA